AUGGCCUCGAAGUCACCGGAGAAGAUCAGACAUUGCCCGUUGAACGGGUACAACUACCACAAUGAUGCCAUGCUGGUUCUGAAUGUCAAAUCGAACGACACACUUGACAAUGUCAUAGAGUUGUGCUUACCAGAAGUUAAUAUGACCGGAAAUACCAGACCACCUCCUAAUAUUGAGGACCUUCACCCUGAGAAUGCGAAAGCCUACCUCGCGGAGAAGAAUCGUAUCCGCAACCCCCGUCGAACUGUGGACGAAGUAUGGAAGGAAGCAGAGCUAAAGCAGCACGACUGCGUACAUUUCAUUUUGGAUUAUUGGCGAACCCCCCAGUACGUCUCUGCAACCUCGUCGACCUGCCGAGUGACGCUUACCCGUGCACCAGCUUUGAUCAAAAGGGAGCGCUCAUCGUCUCUGACGGAAAAGAAGAACAGGGCGCGUGCACCUCGGCGAAACAUUGACGAAGAAUAUGACUAUAUACGCAAACGCUGCCGAGCCGCGGAUUUUCCUCCAUCCUCCGGCAUAUCUGGCCCAAUUCUUAUGGCUCAGCAGAGGCAGAACCCUAUUUACACAGGAAGGUCCGCCAGUUUGCGGGGGUAUAUUCUCGGCAUGCUAGUCCCUGCUUUCGCUCGUUUCAAAAGAGAGUAUGUUCCAGGUACCACUCGUGAUGCCACCCCGAGCGAGAGCACCCAAAUAUAUGAUUUCUUCGUCGCUGCGUGCGACUUCUACCACAAAAAAAGCAUGCGCAGAGAUAUGCUGGAACUGAUGUGGGACGAACUACUCGACAUCGAAUGCCACAAUUCUUCCAGCACCAGUCGCACAUCGCAAGAUACCAACACCAGUCGUACAUCGCAAGAUACCAACACCAGUCGUACAUCGCAAGAUACCAACACCAGUCGUACAUCGCAAGAUAGAUCGUGUCUCACCUACGUCCCCGGUAUUAGAGGAGAUGCAGAAAUUCUUUUCAAAGACACGAAAUCCGAGCUGGCAUUUGGUGGUGCAGAACCGGUUCAGCAGGUUGCUCGAGGCGCCGUCAAAGCAUGGCAACAGUCAAAGCGAGAUCUGUUGAGCCGUACCUGUUGCUGUCCCGCCCCGCUCAUCAAUAUCGUAGGGCCAUACCUCAAAGUCUCCGGCAUCGCUUUUAACCCCACCCCUAUGAAUGAGAGUUUUACAUCGCUCAUCUCCCUGGAGCUUAAUCGUCAUCCCCUGGAGCGGCACAUUCUCGAGUUCAACAAUCUCCUGCACCACCUCAGGACCUGCAUCGAGGACCUCAGGGUCUUCUACUCCGCACUAAAGGCCCCGGACCCUCUAGCAUUCAUGCCUCGGCACAGAUCGUUCCCCAUCGGCGAUUCGAAGGUGGUUGCGUCCAUCGAGUAUACCGACAUUCUGCUGUCCGGGGAACCUACAAAGACGCUAUACAAGGCCCGAGUGCUCGACCAAGACUGUGUAGUGAAGAUCUGUCACUAUUUCAUCGUCGUCAUGCAUCUGGUGAAGGGCCGAAUGCUACCGGAACGCAAUCAGCUCACGGACGAUAUCGAGGCCCAACUGAAGAGAGCCCUCAAUCUGUUGAAGACACAGAAGCUCGUUCAUGGGGACCUCCGCCGACCCAACAUUCUGCUGUCCGAAGACCAACGUGUCCAGAUAAUAGAUUUUGAGUGGGCGGGAGAAGAAGGACAACGGUUCUAUCCGUUGGACAUCAAUCGCACCCUGAACCUCUGGCAUACGGAUGUGGUGCCCGGUGCGCAGAUCACGCACGACCACGACGUGUAUUCGAUGUGGAAGCUGGGAGUGGAGGAAUAA